GGGCUCUGCCGGGUCACGUGAGCCACUUUUCGCGCGAAAACUGGUUUGCUGCAGGAGUGGAGGGGAAGACGCGGUGCGGCCAUGGCGGAAUCUUCCGAGUCCUUCACCGUGGCGUCCAGCCCGGCCCGCCGGCGCCGAAGCAACGAUCCGCUCACCUCCAGCCCCGGCCGGAGCUCCCGGCGCACCGACGCCCUGACCUCCAGCCCCGGCCGCGACCUUCCUCCCUUCGAGGAUGAGUCUGAGGGGCUGCUGGGAACCGAGGGGCCCCUGGAGGAGGAGGAGGACGGCGAGGAGCUUAUUGGGGAGGGCAUGGAGAGGGACUACCGUGCCAUCCCAGAACUGGACACCUACGAGGCCGAGGGACUGGCGCUGGAUGACGAGGACGUGGAGGAGCUGACGGCCAGUCAGAGGGAGGCGGCCGAACGGGUCAUGCGACAGCGUGACCGGGAGGCCGGCCGGGGCCUGGGCCGCAUGCGCCGUGGGCUCCUGUACGACAGCGACGAGGAGGACGAGGAGCGGCCCACCCGCAAGCGCCGGCAGGUGGAGCGGGCCACGGAGGACGGCGAGGAGGACGAGGAGAUGAUUGAGAGCAUCGAGAACCUGGAGGACCUCAAGGGCCACUCGGUGCGUGAGUGGGUGAGCAUGGCCGGCCCGCGGCUGGAGAUCCACCACCGCUUCAAGAACUUCCUGCGCACGCACGUGGACAGCCACGGCCACAACGUCUUCAAAGAACGCAUCAGCGACAUGUGCAAAGAGAACCGGGAAAGCCUGGUGGUGAACUACGAGGACCUGGCGGCCCGGGAGCACGUGCUGGCUUACUUCCUGCCCGAGGCGCCGGCCGAGCUGCUGCAGAUCUUCGAUGAGGCUGCCCUGGAGGUGGUGCUGGCCAUGUACCCCAAGUAUGACCGCAUCGCCAGCCACAUCCACGUGCGCAUCUCCCACCUCCCUCUGGUGGAGGAGCUGCGCUCGCUCAGGCAGCUGCACUUGAACCAGCUGAUCCGCACCAGUGGGGUGGUGACCAGCUGCACAGGCGUCCUGCCCCAGCUCAGCAUGGUCAAGUACAACUGCAACAAGUGCAACUUCGUCCUGGGGCCCUUCUGCCAGUCCCAGAACCAGGAGGUGAAGCCGGGCUCCUGCCCCGAGUGUCAGUCUGCUGGCCCCUUCGAGGUCAACAUGGAAGAGACCGUCUAUCAGAACUACCAGCGCAUCCGCAUUCAGGAGAGCCCAGGCAAGGUGGCAGCUGGCCGGCUGCCCCGCUCCAAGGACGCCAUCCUCCUGGCUGACCUGGUGGACAGCUGCAAGCCGGGAGACGAGAUCGAGCUGACGGGCAUCUACCACAACAACUACGACGGCUCCCUCAACACCGCCAACGGCUUUCCCGUCUUUGCCACUGUCAUCCUGGCCAACCAUGUGGCCAAGAAGGACAACAAGGUCGCCGUGGGGGAGCUGACGGACGAGGACGUGAAGAUGAUCACGAGCCUGUCGAAGGACCAGCAGAUUGGGGAGAAGAUCUUUGCCAGUAUCGCCCCUUCCAUCUACGGCCAUGAGGACAUCAAGAGAGGCCUGGCCCUGGCUUUGUUUGGAGGGGAGCCCAAAAACCCAGGUGGCAAGCAUAAGGUGCGAGGUGACAUCAACGUGCUGCUGUGUGGAGACCCCGGCACGGCAAAGUCUCAGUUCCUGAAAUACAUCGAGAAAGUGUCCAGCCGGGCCAUCUUCACCACUGGCCAGGGCGCGUCGGCUGUGGGCCUCACGGCCUACGUCCAGCGGCACCCGGUCAGCAGGGAGUGGACCCUGGAGGCCGGGGCCCUGGUUCUGGCUGACAGGGGGGUGUGUCUCAUCGAUGAGUUUGACAAGAUGAACGACCAGGACAGAACCAGCAUCCACGAGGCUAUGGAACAGCAAAGCAUCUCCAUCUCCAAGGCCGGCAUCGUCACCUCCUUGCAGGCCCGUUGUACCGUCAUCGCCGCUGCCAAUCCCAUAGGAGGACGCUACGACCCCUCGCUGACCUUCUCAGAGAACGUGGACCUCACGGAGCCCAUCAUUUCCCGUUUUGACAUCUUGUGUGUUGUGAGGGACACAGUGGACCCAGUCCAGGAUGAGAUGUUGGCCCGCUUUGUGGUCGGCAGCCACGUCAGACACCACCCCAGCAACAAGGACGAGGGGCUGGCAGGUGGGACCACACCAGAGCCUGCCCUGCCCAACACGUACGGCGUGGAGCCGCUGCCGCAAGAGGUCCUCCGGAAGUACAUCAUCUACGCCAAGGAGAAGGUCCACCCCAAGCUCAACCAGAUGGACCAGGACAAGGUGGCCAAGAUGUACAGCGACCUGCGCCGAGAGUCCAUGGCCACGGGAAGCAUCCCCAUCACAGUGCGUCACAUCGAGUCCAUGAUCCGCAUGGCCGAGGCCCACGCGCGCAUCCACCUGCGGGACUACGUGAUAGAGGACGACGUGAACAUGGCCAUCCGCGUGAUGCUGGAGAGCUUCAUCGACACGCAGAAGUUCAGCGUCAUGCGCAGCAUGCGGAAGACUUUUGCUCGCUAUCUCUCCUUCCGGCGCGAUAACAACGAGCUGCUGCUCUUCAUACUGAAGCAGCUGGUGGCAGAGCAGGUGACCUAUCAGCGGAACCGCUUCGGGGCCCAGCAGGACACCAUCGAGGUCCCUGAGAAGGACUUGGUGGACAAGGCUCGCCAGAUCAACAUCCACAACCUCGCGGCCUUCUACGACAGCGAGCUCUUCAGGAUGAACAAGUUCAGCCACGAUGGGAAGCGGAAGAUGAUCCUGCAGCAGUUCUGAGGCCCUGCCUGGGUGCAGAGACUCCCCGGGCCUGGCGUGGGGAAGCCGGGCCGAGCGCCCCGUCGCUCUGUCCCGUGUGCAGGCUUCAACCCAGAGCGCUGCGGCUCAGGCCUGCCCGGCCCGCGGCUGCAGCUGGUCUCCUGGGCUCGGGGCCGUGUCCCGGAAGGAAGGUAUUGAAUCCUUUGGCUUCACCUCCUGCUUCUCUCACCUCUGGGUGCACAGGCUUUGGCUUUUUCCUCCAGCUGCUCAACAGCUGGUUUGUCUUCACCUGGCACCUUGGGUCAGCAGGGCGUCCCCAUGUGGAUGUUGCUGUUGCCACUUUCAGCCACGGAGCCGGGGGCAAGUGUCUCCUUUCUCACUGCUCAGCCCGCAGGUUCCUCCGGAGUGCCGGGAGGGGUCCCCUGGCCACGAGCACUUGCCCUUUGGGGUGAUGGGGCUGACUUCCCCAAGUUGGGGCAGCCCUGGGCGUUGUGUGUGGGCCCUGAGGGUCAUCUGUUCCCACGCAGCUGUCCGGCACCAUCGCCGGCUCCUCCGUGCACUGCUGUGUGCCCGUUUCCUCCUCACGCGCCUGUUUGUACAGUCAAGUUUUACUUCUAGACUUUGGAUUUUUAAUAAAGUUGUUGGAAGUG